AUCGUGCCAAUCACAUCCUCUCUGCAUUAAAAUCACGGAUAGUCGGAUACUCUGCCUUGUAUGAUUCGCAUGUCACAAUUUAGAGAUGUGUGUUCCUUGGACGUUGUUUGUCAACUUUUGCAAAGUCUCCCCUUUAGUGUCCCUUGCAGAAACAAGGAUUUAGCUGCCACGACGUGGUGGAGGAUUGCUGCGGCAGGACGGACCGUGCUGUAUUGUUCGUAGGUGUUGUAGUGGUGUCUGGGGCAGCAGCAUCAGCCGGGAAGGACAGCAGGACAGGAUUGGAGGCUCCAGUGCCGCUCCGGCUCGUUCUGUGCAUGUGCUUGCAGUGCAAGUGGUUCUGCAUUCGGAAUUCCCAUUCGAACAUGGCAGCUCGUGCUCUAGUUCGUUCCCUAAAGCCCACAGCGAAGGCAGUAUCGUUCGCCGCUGGCCCAGCACCAAAGGCCUCCGGAAAUCCAGACAAAGGGAACCAAGUCGAGCCAGUAACUAGCAAUAUUGCCAUGGUUACAGCUAGCGAAGCUUCUCCCAGCUCUCAACUUGCAACAGCCGUCCUACCCGGAGCUGCCGGUGAGAGCAGGGAUGUCGCCACUGGCGAUGGUGAUGCAUCCUCGACUAGCAGAGAUGCCUUACCGAGCCGGGGCGCUGUAAGCGACGACAAGACGACUGCCGGCGACAGCUCAAGUAGCAGUGAGAGCUCCAGCGGCGAGAAGAGCGACUCGAAUAGCAACAUCUGCAGUAGAAGUAGUGAUGCAGAUGGCAAAAAGAAGAGAGUUACCUCCAAGCGGACUGGUGGUGACAACGUCGCUGACGUCAAUAUUGACACCAGCAGUGCGGCCAUAAAGGCUCUGCUGGGCGAGACGAAGGCGAGUGAGGCAAGAAAACGGAAAGAUACCUCACAGCACAAGGCGCAGCAGGGCCAAGCCCCUCAGCCGGCAUCGGGCAGCGCAAAACCCAGGACGCAAGCUAGAGGGUCGCCUCCCAAAACAGCCGCGAGGGCGACCGAAUCUAUGAGUGAUAGCUUUGCCUCCAAGUUUGAGUGGAUGUCACCUAUGCUGGAGGAUCUCUACUAUCAUCUGAUUUUCGUGGCCGUGCAAUUCUUCUUGGCACUGUUUCUCAGCCGUCUCGUGAUUCCCGAAUUCAUCAAGGAUUACGUGGAUAUCACGAACCACAGCACCAUUUGCGUAGCGCUGGCCCUGGCUCUUGCUAUACAAACACAGAUCAUGCACAACACGCCCGCUAUGCUGUCGGUCUCCGUUGGCGUUCUCUACGUGGCCACGCGACCGCGGUUCGUGGCCUUCUCGAUCAUCUUCACUCUGCUGCAGCUGCUGACCAUUCCGUGUCGGAGACUAGUCGCCAAGCUAUGCGACAAGAAGAAACACUCCUAAGCAAAGGCCAGGAGGAUGGAGUAACACAGCCACCGAGUGUAUGCACAGCAUGGGAAAAGCAGUGCAUUUCAGCAUGAUAAUCUCCACCACAAAACCAGCUCUUGUCUCCAUCCAGAAUGCGCGUCCGGGCUGCUCGUUUUGAACCGUGUGCAUGGUAACGCAAUGCCAUCUCCUCACAUUAUUAUCUGAUAGACCAUCCGCUGGAGUUAGUCCCACAUCCAGGCUGUCCCUGCAUGAUUCACGUUCAUAUUUCUGUGCAUUGUGCGGAAUGUCCGCAGCUCAACACCAUCCUAACUGCAUGACAUUGCAUGAUAAGGUAGAAAACGGACCCCCAUCCACGUCUUUACGUCAUUCACGUCUUUACCAUUGUUGCAUCUUCACCUUGUACCUCACAAACAUUUUCUAGUAUUAGAUGAAUGGCUAAUGAUCACGUGACUGGAAAUGUUCGAUUCAUUGGUGUGUCGAGAUGGCACAAGGCUAUGUCUACUGAUACAUACUGCCAUUACUGGACUGAUCCACCAUCUGAUUUUACGCAUGCAUGAUAGUUGAUACAUGCUCCUACGUUCUCAUCCGCGGCCUCCCUUCUUCUGUACUCUCUUGCAUCUACUAUCACGUAUGUCUUUACUAUGUUCACAUUCCCAGCUCGAAAAUAAUAAAUCUGUAUGCUCACUACAAUAACAUCCGUCUUGAAACGGAGUAUCUGCGGUGUAGAUCUGUCCUUGUUCUUUUUCACGUGUUUAGUUGUGAUAAUCAUUACUAACAUUAGAGAGGUUAAGAUGCACGUUAUUUCCGACACGACGCGCAAUUUCACGUCAAAGUUGGCGUAAAACUCCAAAUUUUCACGUGAGCUGCAGGUACUAGGUCACUCGCGUUGUUUUUCGUUUCUCAGGCGAAUAACGCGAGCUGAACUUUCGCAUCACGUCAGAAAGAACGUGUAUCUUAAAA